GCCUGGCAGAAGAGAACGGAAGUAGAGCUGCCCCUAGUUGCGGAGGUGCCUCGCCUGGCUUGAUAAAUUCUGCUUUCUUCUCUGUCUCCCUCCGGAAACCUGUCCAUAAAAUAUGAGGGGCCACCCCUCUCUGCUGCUGCUAUACAUGGGAUUGACCACCUGCCUGGAUACCUCACCUGGUGAUGAACAAGACCAAGGGGUCUUCCUGGGCCCCCCAGAUGCCCAGAGCUUCCUGGGCAGCCGUAGCCGAAUUCCACGAGCCAAUCACUGGGACCUGGAGCUGCUCACACCAGGGAACCUGGAACGGGAGUGUCGCGAGGAGAGGUGUUCCUGGGAAGAGGCGAGGGAGUACUUUGAAGAUAACACGCUGACGGGUCGGGAUCAUCAGCCCUUUGAAUCCCCCGAGCUCUGUGGACCCACCGACGCCCCUGCCGCCACCCCCACCCCCGGGCCUACCCACCUACGAGCAGGCAUUGGCUGCCUCUGGGGUGCACGACGCACCGCCGCCUCCCUAUACCAGCCUCAGAAGGCCUCACUGAAGAACUGCCUCGGACUCCGGGCUCCCCGAACUGUGCCCCUGAUUCACACCGGAUUCCGGAAGUCCUCAGGCCUCGUAGACUCUGGAGCUGAGCCUGGGACUGGGGUGGGAGUAGGGGUCGGCUGGCCCGAGGCCUACCCUGGCACACGUGUUUCCGCCGCGUACGGAUACACGCAAGUCCUCAGCCAACGUGUUCCCACGUCCCGGCCCCUCGCGGGCCCCCACGCCUUCCUGACAGUGGGAGCAACCGCCAGUCCCGCCCCCGGGGUAGGCAUGCGCGCGUAGAAACUCGGUCCCAGAAGCCCAGGCCGGGUAUGCAGUCUUCCGUGUGUGGCCAGAUAUGACCCGACCAUCGCCCUCCAGUGCCAUGGGCUACGCACACGCAGAGCCCCGCUUGUGUAAACGUUUGUCUUCGUUCACUCCCGGUGCGCGCACAGGGCCGCUUGGUAUCCCCGGGAAAGGGUGGGGGGCAUAUUUGCAAGCGUGCUCAGUGGGGGCAGGCUUCCAUUGCACCCGGGGAACUGUAGUUGAGCUG